AUGGCUCAAAACGGUCUCCAAGCUAACGGUAACAAUAAGCCCAGAGAAGCUGCUGCUUCCCCUUAUGCAUCCAAUGAUCCCAACUCAAAUGUCAGUAAUUUCAAGAUCAUUGAAUCCACACUCAGAGAGGGUGAACAGUUCGCUAAUGCCUUCUUCACUACUGAAAAGAAAGUUGAAAUUGCAAAGGCCCUUGAUGACAUUGGUGUGGAUUACCUCGAAUUAACGUCUCCCGCUGCUUCUGAGCAAUCUCGCAACGAUUGUACUGUCAUCUCUAACCUCGGCUUGAAGGCCAAGAUCCUGACUCAUGUCCGUUGUCAUAUGGAUGAUGCCAAGUUGGCCAUUGAUACUGGUGUUGAUGGUCUUGAUGUUGUUAUUGGCACAUCUAGCUUCCUUCGUGAGUUCUCCCAUGGUAAGGAUAUGGAAUACAUUACCAAGCAAGCUAUCGAGGUGAUUACAUAUAUCAAGAGUAAGGGUCUUGAGGUGCGUUUCUCUACUGAGGAUUCUUUCCGCUCUGAUCUCGUUGAUCUCUUGAGCAUCUACAAGGCUGUUGACAAGAUUGGUGUGAAUCGUGUUGGUAUUGCCGAUACUGUUGGUUGUGCUAACCCUCGUCAAGUCUAUGAACUCGUCAAGACUUUGAGAAGCGUCGUCAGCUGUGAUAUUGAAUGUCAUUUCCACAACGACACUGGUUGUGCUAUUGCUAACGCUUAUGCUGCUUUGGAAGCUGGUGCCACUCAUAUUGAUACAUCUGUUCUCGGUAUUGGUGAGCGUAAUGGUAUCACUCCUUUGGGCGGUUUGUUGGCUAGAAUGUACACUGCCGACAAGGAGCAUGUCAAGACCAAGUACGAUCUUACCAAGAUUCGUGAAGUUGAAAACAUUGUCGCUGAAGCAGUUGAGGUUACCGUUCCCUUCAACAACUACAUUACUGGUUACUGUGCCUUUACUCACAAGGCUGGUAUUCACGCCAAGGCCAUCUUGAACAACCCUUCCACCUAUGAAAUCUUGAACCCUACUGAUUUCGGUAUGACUCGUUAUGUCAGUAUUGGCCAUCGUUUGACUGGUUGGAAUGCUGUCAAAAACCGUGUUGAGCAACUUGAUUUGGACUUGACGGAUGAGGAUGCCAAGGCAGUUACCGCCAAGAUCAAGGAAUUAGCAGAUGUCAGACCUCUCUCACUUGACGAUGUUGAUGUCUUGCUUCGUUCAUACCACCAAGCCAAGGCUGACGGCGUUCAUACAAAGUUCUUGGAAAAGAUUGAAAAGCCUGAACACAUCACCUCCAUCAGUGCCGAAGCAUCUGCAUAA